AUGUUUCGGUCCAGAUCUCUUUCUCUUUUCAAGUCCUUAAGCUUAUCCAACUCUAUAGGUCUUCGUUCCUUUGCUUCUGCAGCUCCUCCUAUAACCGAGGCCUUUUACGCCAAGCCUAAUGCCAAUGGUAAUUAUCUAGUGACACUUAUUCCUGGUGACGGCAUCGGGCCUGAGAUAUCUGAGUCCGUAAAACGGAUAUAUGGUGCUGCCGAAGUACCUAUCGAAUGGGAGCCAGUAAAUGUCACUCCUGUAAUUAAAAAAGGGAAGACGGUAAUUCCCGAAGAAGCAUUGAUUUCUGUAAAGAAAAACACAGUGGCAUUAAAGGGUCCUUUAGCCACUCCAAUUGGAAAAGGCCAUGUUUCCCUUAACCUUACUCUUCGUCGUACAUUUGACCUUUUUGCAAAUGUUCGUCCAUGCAAAUCUAUAGUUGGCUAUAAAACACCGUACGAUGAUGUUAACACAGUAUUGAUUCGAGAAAAUACAGAGGGUGAAUAUUCUGGAAUUGAACAUACAGUCGUCGAUGGCGUCGUUCAAUCAAUCAAAUUAAUUACUAAAGAAGCAUCCGAUAGAUGCGCUCGUUACGCCUUCACAUAUUCAAAAGAUAUUGGACGUAACCGUGUUACUGCCAUACACAAAGCUAAUAUCAUGAAAUUAUCAGAUGGCUUAUUCUUGGAUUCUUGUCAAGAAGUAGCAAAAGAAUUUCCGGAAAUCGAGUUCGAUGAUAUGUUAUUGGACCGUGCGUGUCUCCAUAUAGUCCAAGAUCCUGCACGCUUCUCUGAUACAGUGAUGGUUAUGCCCAAUCUUUAUGGUGAUAUCUUAUCAGAUAUGUGUGCUGGACUAAUUGGUGGACUUGGACUGACUCCUUCAGGGAAUAUUGGUAAAGAUGCUUCGAUUUUCGAGGCUGUACAUGGAACAGCACCUGAUAUCGCAGGAAAAGAUCUGGCUAAUCCCACGGCCCUCCUUCUUUCUUCAAUAAUGAUGCUUCGUCACAUGCGUCUAUAUACAUUUGCUGAUAAAAUUGAAACGGCUGUUCUCAGUACUAUUGCUGAGGGCAAGUGCCUUACGCGUGAUCUUGGCGGCUCCGCCACAAAUACUGAAUUCACCAACCAUAUCAUCACUAAAUUGAAGUAG